GAGGAGAUUCCUUCAGCACCUGCAACACCAGGAACCCUGGUGGACCUCUUUUUGGAGGUCUCAAGUCUGAGAGAAGUAAUGGGAACGGCUAUGGAAGGAAGAAAUCACUUCUCAAGAAUUGUAAGUGUUUCAGUGUUAAAGAAUGGAAUGUAGAAGAAGGAGCUUUGCCCAGAGUCUCUGUUCAUUGCCACCCGCUCCUAUCCCUCUUGCAAGAAAGGUAGGAGCUGAGUUCAUAGGCACUCUCAUUCUCAUGUUUGCAGGGACCGCCGCUGCAAUAGUGAAUCAGAAGACACAAGGCGCUGAGACUCUCAUCGGAUGCGCCGCCACCACUGGUCUUGCCGUCAUGAUCGUCAUCCUCUCCACCGGCCACAUCUCCGGCGCUCAUCUCAACCCGGCGGUUACCAUCUCCUUUGCUGCACUGAAGCAUUUCCCAUGGAAACAUGUUCCGGUGUACAUCGCAGCGCAAGUAAUGGCGUCGAUAUGUGCAGCAUUUGCACUGAAGGGAAUAUUUCAUCCGUUCAUGAAUGGAGGAGUCACGGUUCCUUCAGGAGGAUAUGGCCAAGCCUUUGCUUUGGAGUUCAUCAUCAGUUUUAAUCUCAUGUUCGUCGUCACUGCCGUGGCCACCGACACAAGAGCCGUGGGAGAGCUUGCGGGAAUCGCGGUGGGAGCCACUGUCAUGCUCAACAUCCUCAUCGCCGGGCCAGCAUCAGGAGGGUCAAUGAACCCAGUAAGAACACUGGGCCCAGCAAUAGCAGCAAAUAACUAUAGAGCCAUUUGGGUGUAUCUGAUAGCUCCCAUACUUGGAGCUUUGUGUGGAGCAGGCACUUAUACUUUAGUGAAGCUUACUGAUGAACAAGAAGAAGAGGCCAAGGCUACAAUCACUUCAGCCCCUGGCAGCUUCAGAAGGUGACUUUGACUGAAUCUGAUCAUCCCACCCAACAAUAAAUAAACACGACUUCACAAUGCUUUUGUCAGAAGAUUGCUACAAUCAAGCGAUGAGUACUGAUCAGCGAGAAUUAAUUAGUAAUCUUUUUUGCCUGCUCAUCAUAUAUCAUAUAUUAGGAAUGGGAGUAGCCAAAAGGAGUGCUGUGUGAUACAUGUAUAUAUACUAGAUUGUCUUCUCUCUCUCUCUCUGUUUUUUUUUUUUUUGAUAUAUGAAUGAAUGAAAGAUUUCAGUUGAAGGGAACAGAGAAUAAUGUAAAAACAUGUGUGAGUGUGUUUUCUGUUAUGAUUCCUAAUUAUUGCUAUCAUCAUCUUGCAUCCAAAGAAAUGAAAAAGCUUAUGCUUCA